GGGGGUGGGCGCGGCGGUGCCCUCUGAGCGGACCCUCGGACCCCAGCCGCUCCGCACAAGCCUCUGCUUCGGCGGCUCCCAGCCCGCAAGCCCGCUUGCGAGAAGCCGGGGCAGGGCCGAGGUGGACGAGAGAGGCGCCGCUGCCGCCGGAGGCCCUUCCCCGCUCGCCGCGCCCCCCGCCACUUGGCCCGCUGGCCAUGGCCGACGGCGGCGGCACCGGCAGCUCGGGCUCCUGGUGGAGUUCGCUAAAGAACAGCAGGAAGAAAAGCAAGGACGCCGCGGGGGGUGCGAAGCCUCCCGCUCAGCCUGACCCCGGGGAACCCGCGGCGCCCGCCCCGCCUGGCCCCGACUGGACUAGCAGUUCCCGGGAGAAUCAGCAUCCCAAUCUCCUCGGGGGCGCCGGCGAGACCCACAAGCCAGACAAGUUGGGCGGGGAGAAAUCGGGCAACAGCCGCCGAAAUUUGAAGAUCUCGCGCUCGGGCCGCUUUAAGGAGAAGAGGAAAGUGCGCGCCACUCUGCUCCCCGAGGGAGUCAGGUCCUCGGAGGAGGCGAGCUUCUCUGGUGACCCGCACGACGACAAGCAGUAGCCCGAGCGCUCCGAGACUCUCUUCGCACCAUGCCUCCCCAACCCCCAGGUCUAAACCCGAGAAUUCUGCCCCGCCCCUGUACUUGGAGUCUCAUCCCACCAAAUUCAGAAUAUUCGCACAAGGCCUCCAGACUUUAUUUUCCUGGAAAUUGACGUGACAAUUGAGUGUUCCGUAUAUCACGACUCAAGGAUGCAUUAAAUAUUUAUUCGUGAUAAGAGAAGAUACCGCAGAGGAAGUUGGCACAAUUUUUUUCAAAAAACUUCAGUGGCCUCCUUUGCGUCGCCCAUGGGAGUGAGAAGGGUACUUUUGUAAGAGACCAUAGCUCAACUGGAAUUGCGCAGCCCUCCGCUAAGGACGGCAUGCUCUGAUUCCGAACUUGCUAUUGGAAAGCAAAUCACAGUGCUAUCUUUAAUGCCUGAGAAAUGCACUUUAGGGGUACUUCUGUAGACAUACCUUAAGUGAAGGGAUGGGACAGAGCAGGAAGCAUUCUUAAGUAGAAGCAUUUUAAGUAAGGCAGAAUUGCUUUUAAUGUUGAACUGCAAAACUGUACUGCCUGUUUUAGCGUGGACCAUUAAAACUGUUGCACUGUAAGACUUAAGGUGACUUUUGUAUUUUUUUUUUUCCAUUGCAAGACUGAAGCUCAUCAUACUUAAAAGCAGGCAUGCAGAAUACAGGGUGACAGAGUUAAUCAUUUGCCACAUAACCUGACAGUUCCUCUUGAAAAGCUGCAGGGAGGAGAACAGGUCUACAAACUACCAACACCCAGAUAGGAACCAGCUAGCUGGAUAUCCCUAUUUACAAACCAAAUUCGAGGAAGAGAGGGAGAGGUACCAAUUCAUUAUUCCUAAGUUUUCUUUUUUUGUUCAGUGCAUCUUCAUAGAGUAAGUCACAAUGCUAAUAAUAAUUCUUUCUGUAUUCAUUAUUAACCUGACUCACAAUUGUCUAAAAAUACUUAUUCAAACAGAUGGACUGAACUCUCAGUUUGUGCAAGGCUGGCUUUUUUCCCACCCUCUUUGCUUCAAAAGCUAAUUUCUUUAGUCUGAAGUAUGCAUUUAUCUAGGUGCAAGGCCUUAAAGAUUUACCAACCUGUAGAUUUUUACCAAAAAUCUACCUGUUUGCUUUUGUUAUGAACUUCAAGUAAAAGAGUAAAUCAGUACUGAAAUCACUUGCUUUCAGCA